AUGACUUCUUUGACAGACAUUCCCGUUUCUUUGGACCCUAUUGUCGACGGAAAAGGCGACUUAACAGUCACUAUCGAAGACAUCUUUUCAUCAAGUGAUGAAAGUGUGACAUCGGGAAAGGAAAAACAAGUCGUUAACCCAAAUGGCGGCAUAUCUGAGACAAGACACAAUAUUUUCACUCCACUCAUCUCCGAGCGAGCUGUGGAUCAGCCACGUCCUCUCAAGGUUAUCUACAUAGGUGCCGGCAUCUCAGGAAUCCUCGCUGCUAUCAAGUUCCGCGAAGCUGUGCCGGACUUGAACUUGACAAUUUAUGAGAAGAAUCCUGAGCUGGGCGGGACAUGGUAUGAAAAUCAGUAUCCGGGCUGUGCAUGUGACGUUCCAUCGCACGUGUACCAGUUGAGUUUCGAGUCCUGGACAGGCUGGAGCCAAUUCUUCUCCGGCGCAGACGAAAUUCGAGAAUACUGGAACCGAGUGGCUCAGAAGUACAAUGUUCGAGACCACAUCAAGUUCCAGAGCCGCUGUGUUGGAGCACGGUGGAAUGAUGCGACAGGAAAAUGGUUUGUGCAGAUCCUGGACGAGAAAACUGGAUCAGUAUUUGAAGAUUCCGCCGACGUUUUCAUGACAGGAACGGGACUGUUGAAUGAAUGGAAGUGGCCGUCCAUUCCUGGCCUGCAGAGUUUCAAAGGAGAAUUACUUCACAGUGCCUGUUGGAAUAGCACUUACGAUAUGAAGGAUAAAAGCAUUGCUGUUAUUGGAGCAGGUAGCAGUGGUAUCCAGAUUGUGCCCGCUCUCCUGGACAAAGUCAAAAGCAUGGAUCAUUACGUCCGCAGCAAGACCUGGAUCUCCAACCAACAUGGCGGAGAGGUUUUAUCGACACGCACAAAUGGCAAGGGAGGAAACUUUGCUUAUAGCAGCGAAGAAAAGCAAGCCUGGCAAAGCGAUCCUACCUCCUACGUUGAAUACCGCAAAGGGUUAGAAUUGCAGCUGCAGACGCUAUACUCCAAAACGCAAACGACUAGCGCUCUCCAGGCCUCUUCCCGGGCCCAAUACCAAGCGGACAUGGAGCGCAGAUUGAAGGACAAGCCGGAACUUCUGGGAGAUUUGCUUCCCGAUUUCCCUCCUCUUUGCAAGCGUCUCACCCCAGGACCAGGCUACCUGGAGGCUCUGACUUCACCCAAAGUGAACGUAAUCACAAUAGGUAUUGAUUCAAUUGAGGAUACGGGGGUUAUAACUUCAUGUGGAACGCAUCGAGCGGUAGACGCCAUUGUCUGUGCUACGGGCUUUGAGACGAACCCUGGAGGUGGAUUCCCUAUAAUCGGUCGACACGGAGUCAAUCUACGCGAGAAGUACAGAGAGCGACCGGAAACAUAUCUUGGAAUUACGACCAAUGGAUUCCCGAAUUUCUUUCAGUCUCUGGGCCCGAAUUCAUUUCAAGGUGCAGGAAAUCUACUCAUCACAAUGGAGCAAGUUCACACCUAUGUUGCAGAGAUCGUCUCGAGGAUGGCCUACGAUAAUAUAGGUCUUGUCGAGCCGAAAGAAUCGCAAGUCCAGAAUUUUACAAGGUUCUGUGACAAGUACUUUGAGCGCACUGUUUACAGUGCUGAAUGCGCAAGUUGGUACAAGUCCUCGCCACCGGGGUCAUCCCUCGAAGAGCGAAAGAGAGGCCGAGUGACUGCGUUAUGGCCUGGGAGCAGCUUACAUGCUCUAAAGACGUUGAAGAAAGUCAGGUGGGAGGAUUACAACAUACAAUCAUAUGAUGGCAAUGAUUUUGGUUGGUUUGGAAAUGGGUGGGUAUUGGAUGAGCUGAAGCCCCAGAUCGACAGCGCAGCACUCAUCGACUACCUAGACCGUACAGAAUUCGUGGAUGAAGUAGAUACAAAGAGUAUUCACGAUGCCUAA